UAACCUAGCUCAAUACGGCAACAGAUAGUUUUCAAAACCCAUGGUUGGCUAGAGGUCAUAAUACCUAUAUAUACAUGUCUACAUAUAUAUAUAUAUAUACUCCCUUGACAGAAACCAUGCAUCCUCCCCUCAUCACUCAUUCCGUCAUCUUCCCUACGUCCAAUUCAACCCAAACACCCCAUAAAGAAAGAUGUCUCGACAAGAGCACCUCAUCGAUUUCACUCCCCACCCCUGGUGCCAACAAAUCAUAUCCUCCCCGUCCUGGCACCCCCAAACCACCCGCUCAACCUCCACAAACCGCCUCUUUACCGAAACCCUCUGGACCGACGUGACCAUCCGCGCCCACGCUUCCUUCUACAAACCCCCAACCGCAACUCCGCCCACCGAAACAGGCGGCGAGGUGCGCCUCCUCGUUUCCCUCGGCGCCGGACUAGAUGGCCACCCCGGUUACUGUCACGGCGGGAUACUAGCCCUCAUUUUCGAUGAUACGAUUCAUGAAUUGGUAGAGAAGGAAUUGAAGGAGGCGGCUGUUACGGCUACGCUGAAUGUUUCUUAUCGCAGGCCUGUUGCAACUCCCGCGGUGGUUUUGUGUCGGGUUUGGUCCGAGAAGGGGCCGGUGGGGAGGAAGUGGGUGGUUAGGGCUACUAUUGAAGAUGGAGUUGGGGGUGUUUUUGCGGAGUGCGAGAGUUUGGUCGUCAGGAAGAGGAAGGAGGGAUUGUAAAGUUUUCUGCUGGUAUUUUUGAGGUUGGGGUAUGGUAUUUGGUUCUGAAUCUGAUACAUGUAUGAUUCGUUAUCUUACCUGAUCCACUGGUCACAUGCUAGA